AUGUUUCAGCUCGUCAGGUGUCUGCUGCGGGUCAGUUACUAUUAUGCGCUGCUCGUAGGUGUGCUUAACUUUGAGAUUGAUUUGCGAACGGGCCGGGCGCGCAUAACCAGGCGAACUUCGAUCUAUGCUGCUUGCGUGAAUGUGAUUUGCAUUUGUGGCCUCCCCUGGUUGAGUGGAACGCAUGUAAUUCAUUCGUUCUGGUCGCAGGCUGAACUACUUCACGAUUACAUGUUCCUGGUUAUGUUAAGUGGGCGUGUCCUUUGUGUGUCUGUGACACUGAUCAGCCGUUGGUCCCAGCGCCGGCAAUUCGUUCGCCUUGUGAACUCCUUCCAACAUCUGACCCAACAGAGGCCUCACGUGAUGAGAAUGUGGCGACGCGGAGUUAUUAGCAAAUUUAUAAGCGUUAUUCUUUCAGAUUUUUUGCAAAUGGCAGCUAGCUUGCUACUUAUUUGGGAGAAGCUUACAAUUAAGUCGAGCUUCAGCGUCAUGAUUUUUUACGCAAUCUCAGCGCUUGUCAAUAUCAUUAUCUCCCAUUAUUACUUCGCUCUGCUCAAUGUGUACGGUCAAUAUAUCCUGCUCAAUAGGGAGCUGCGCGCUGUACUGGCUGAAACCCGCUCUCUAGAGUCCGAGUGCCGGAAGGGUGUGUUUAUUAUAAAGUGCUGUGCUUUGGCCGAUCGGCUAGAGGCCAUUGGCUGCAAGCAAUUUCAGCUGCAAAUAUUGAUCAAGCAAUUAACAAACUGCUUUGGACUGCAGACCUUGCUAUUGACCAUAAGUUAUUAUAUGUCGGGCGUCUCCAUGAUCUACCUCGGAUUUUCCGAGUUGACGGGUGCCAUCCGUUUAAACUGGAGCAAAUGGGUCUUAGCUCUGCUUGGCUGUGGAUUUAUAUGCUACUUUACAGAUAUUCACAUAUCCGUGAAUAUUAUCUACGCUCUUCUGGAUGCACAUGCUGAGAUGGUGAAGCUGCUCUCUCAGCACACUCUGUUUGCCCCGGGCUUAGAUGAACGACUGGUGGCUGUUGUAAGAGAAUCUCAUAUAUAA